AUGGGAGAGAUGGUGGAUGAGUGGUCCGCGCAAGGCCUCAUCAACUGCUACGGCCAGAAGCUGAGCGUCACCGAGAUGCAGAGUGAAGCUGGUGCCGCUGGCGCCUUGCACGGUGCCUUGAAGGCAGGCGCCUUCAGCACCACUUUCACCGCCAGUCAGGGCUUGCUGUUGAUGAUCCCGAACAUGUACAAGAUUGCGGGUGAGUUGCUCCCUUGCGUCAUGCACGUGGCUGCUCGUGCGUUGGCAGGACAGGCGCUGUCCAUCUUUGGAGAUCACAGUGAUGUCAUGGCUUGUCGUUCAACGGGCUGGGCGCAGCUGGCUUCAGAAUCUGUGGAGAUGGCACAGGUCAAUGCCAUCGUGGCCCACCUUGUUUCAAUGGAACGCCGAGUUCCCGUGCAGCACUUCUUUGAUGGUUUCCGCACCAGUCACGAGGUGAACAAAGUCAAGUUGAUUGACUACAACACCAUGAAGACUUUUAUCAAUUGGGAGGCUGUCAAAGAGCAUCACGAUUUGGCCAUGAACCCUCGGCAUCCUCACGUGCAGGGCACUUCGCAAGGGCCUGACAUCUUCUUCCAGUGCGUGGAGGCUGGCAACAGCUUCUAUGAUGGGUUGGCUGAUCUUUUUGAAGAGAAGGGGAAGAUGAUUCAAGAGAAGACUGGUUUGCACUUCGCCCUCUACGCCUAUGAAGGCCACCCCGAGGCAAAACACGUGAUUGUGGUUAUGGGCAGUGCAGCAGUGACUUGCGGAGAGACUGCCAGUUUCUUGUCCAAGCACAAGGGACAACGCGUGGGGGUGUUGAAGGUUCGUCUUUUCCGACCUUGGGACAGUUCCCGCUUUUUGGCAGCUUUGCCAACAACCACCGAGCGCAUUUGCGUUCUGGACCGCACCAAAGAGCAGGGCUCGCAGGGUGAACCACUGCUUCUGGAGGUGUCUUCGAUGUUGCAUGCCAGCGCUCACUCCGAAAUUGUGGUGGUUGGAGGCCGCUAUGGGCUUGGUUCCAAGGAGUUUACGCCCAACAUGGUUCUCUCAAUCUACGAAAAUCUAGCCCAGGAGAGCCCCAAACCACGCUUCACUGUGGGCAUCAACGAUGACGUGACCUUCCUGUCGUUGCCAGUGGGCCCAUGGCUCAACGUGCUUCCAGAAGGCACCACUGAGUGCAUGUUCUAUGGACUCGGAAGUGACGGAACCGUGGGUGCCAACAAGAGCGCAGUGAAGAUGAUUGCGAUGGGCACGCAGCUUCAUGCUCAGGCCUACUUCGAGUACGAUGCCAAGAAAAGCGGCGGCGUGACCAUCAGCCACUUGCGCUUUGGUCCCAAGCCCAUCCAUGCUCCCUACAAUGUGCGCGCCGCGGACUACCUGGCU